AUGCAUACAUUUCAGAGGAUGAUAUCUGGAACAUCGGUUGAGACAACAGGAUCGUCCACUCCAACUACUGUUGUUUCAGAAAGUGUCCUUUUUGUUUCAAUUGUGACACCUUCAUCUUCGUCGGACCAAUUAAAGCGCAGUCCUUUCCAUGUUAUAGUGUCAAUGCUGUCGCCGGGGGCAAACUUUUCGCAUAAGGCUUUAACUGAUUCGGCGCAAGAACAUGUCAUUGAGCCAUCCUCUAACAUUAAGAAAUGUCACCGAGAAGACAUCCAGUUUCCGAUCUACCACCGCGGCAAGCCACGUGUCGCGAGUAGGCGCACCAGCGGCAGGGGUCAUCGUCUUAGUGGGCGUCGCUGCCAUUUGAGCAACGCCCCUGCCUACAGAUGGCCCACCAUCAGCACCCCCUUCGAUAGCAGCUCUUCUCCUUUUGGUUCCUGGCACUCCAAGAACGGUGUCGUCCGCGACGGACGAGUUUGACAAAACUCCGCCGACUUCAAAAGGUGAUGGCCAUCAGGAUCGUCCGGGG